AUAUACCCUAACGAAUAAAUUCCUCACAUAAAUGUCAAAAUAACCAAUAUCGACAUUUUAAAUUCCUCUUCUCCACGUUGGGUUUGUUUUGGUACCGGGAUCCGGGCUGCCGACCCUCAUUUAAAGUGACCAACAAUGCCACCCAAGAAGGAAGCAGCCCCCGCACCCCCGCCCUUGAUUGGCCGUGUGGGCACCAACUUGAAAGUGGGCAUAGUGGGCCUGCCCAAUGUUGGCAAGUCCACCUUCUUCAACGUCCUCACCAAAUCCUCGGCCACUGCAGAAAACUUUCCAUUCUGCACCAUCGACCCCAAUGAGAGUAGGGUUCCGGUACCAGACGCAAGGUACGAUUACCUGUGCGAAUUCCACAAACCCGCCAGCAAAGUGCCAGCCUUCCUGAACGUGACCGACAUCGCCGGGCUAGUGAAGGGCGCCGCCGAGGGCCAGGGCCUCGGCAACGCCUUCCUCUCGCACAUCAAGGCCUGCGAUGCGCUCUUCCAUCUCACCCGUGCGUUUGACGACGACGACGUGACGCACGUGGAGGGCGACGUCAACCCCGUCAGGGACUUGGAGAUUAUCCUGGACGAGCUCCGACUCAAGGACAUCGAGUACGUUGAAGGCGCCUACGACAAGCUGGAGAAGCUGGCGGUACGCGGCAGCGAGAAGAAGCUCAAGCCCGAGUUCGACACCAUCUGCAAGGUCAAGAAGCUGCUCGAGGAGGACAAGAAGCACGUGCGCUUCGCUGAGUGGGACGCCAAGGAGAUCGAGGUGUUGAAUAAGCACUUGCUCAUCAGCAGCAAGCCCAUGAUCUACCUGGUCAACCUCUCGGAGAAAGACUACAUCAGACGGAAGAACAAAUGGUUGGUGAAGAUCAAGGAAUGGAUAGACGCCAACGACCCGGGUGCCAUCUGCAUCCCCUUCUCGGGCGUCUUCGAGCUCAAGCUGGCCGACAUGGAACCCGAGGCGCGGGCUGACUACCUGAAGGAGAACAACCUCUCCAGUGCCCUGGACAAAAUCAUCCUGCAAGGUUACAAGGCCCUCCAGCUGCAGUACUUCUUCACAGCUGGUCCUGAUGAGGUGAAAGCAUGGACUAUCCAGAAAGGAACCAAGGCUCCUCAAGCUGCUGGUAAAAUCCACACUGACUUCGAACGAGGCUUUGUCAUGGCUGAGGUGAUGAAGUUUGAAGAUUUCAAGGAAGAAGGUUCUGAGGCAGGAGCAAAGGCUGCUGGCAAGUACCACCAAAGAGGACGUACCUACGUAGUCGAGGACGGUGACAUCAUAUUCUUCAAGUUUAACACUGGUGGGCUCAAGAAGAAGUGAGAAUGGUUGAUGCUAGUGAUUCUGGUGUACUUUUAUGUCCACAUUACCACAGUGUUUAUAUGCACUCAUCUGUGAUGUCCCAAGUGAACCAGUAAAGUCCCCUGCCCCCUUUAUCUGGUGAAA